AUGUCUGCUCAAAAUCAGAAGCAGCUACGGGAUCAGCUUCUAUCGGAGAAUCCGUCCACCAAUUCGCUUUCUGGAUUUGGCCCGGGCCAGCCCACUGCUGGUAAUACUGAUCGUGCGCAAUCUAUGCUGUAUCAAAUGGACUAUGUUCCUGAAAUCCAUCAGCCGCAUCCCAACCAACAAAGACCCCUUACAAACCAUGAUUUGGUGACACCUGUACUUGAUCUGCAAAGUCAUGCGAAUGCAUCCUCUCGUAAAAGCUCGAUGAACAUCCGUUUGUUCCGUAGAAAGGGCAAUGAACCUGUACACUUCGAUGACGACAAGGGCGCCGACAUUCUGGACUUUGCGGCUGCUCAGUGCUCCAUCAAUGACUUGACGCAUUUGCGCGAUUCAGGACGGUACAACACCAUGGGUUUUGGUGCGUCUGACACUGCCCCUAUCAUCCCUACGUUCGGAACCUUUGAUGGGAAACCAAAGAACAUGAACAAUGUCCAGUAUCGUAAACACAUGAAUCAUCAAAAGAAAAUGAAUCUUGCGCAAAGUGCGCGUGCCAUGUCUCUUGCUGGCGGCAAUCCAAUGGCUUCUGGUACCAGCCGAACACUGUCUCUUGUAGGUGGAGGAGGUCCCUAUGAUAGAGCCAUGUCUUUAGGUAUGGCUAGCGCUGCUAAUAACAGGGCCAUGUCGCUUAACUCCAAUGUGUAUCUCCAGCAGGGCCGGGGGCCGCCACCGCAGCAGCAGCAACGUCCUAUGAUGAGAAAUGGCGCCAUCUCCCCCAACCACAACUACCCCAUGGGUCAGCCUCACACAAUGUCUUUGAGAUCCAACAGUGGUUAUCCGCAACAACAAAGAGGUCCUCCGCCGAUGGGGGCUCGUGCUAACUCCAUGGGUAUGAGACUGAAUCCUAAUUAUUUCAAUGGUGGGCCGCCUGGUCAAUUUCAAGGCCAUCCUAGCCAAUUUCAAGGCCAAGGACAGCCACAGGGACCUCCCGGCCAUUUUCAGGGACAAGGUCCGCCACACGGCUCCUACGUUGGUGCUCAAGGCUAUCCUGGCCAAAUUCAAGGACAGCAAGGACAAUUUAUCUCUCAGGGUCUGUUUAAUGGCCCUCCUCGCACUAAAUCUUUCACCGAUCCAAGUAAACUAAUCUCACAGAAACAAGGCUUUCCUCCCAUCUCUCCACCAAUGGACUCCUCUGCAUCAAACAAUUCGACGCCCACCCUCAACCCAGGACCAAUUCCACAUCCAGCCUGGACCAAAGGCGCUUUGCUGGGUCUUGGUCAACAAUCCAAUGACUCUUUGAUGAAUGUAGUCGAGGAAGAGGAGGAAGAUUCAAAAAUCCACCCACAGAAAUCAGCUGGAGAUAGACUCUCUUUGAAAGAUUUCAAAAGCAAACCACUUCCAGCUCAUGACUUAGACUCGUUUCUUCCUCCUACCUCGCCAGGCGCAGACGAAGGAGAUCACGUCUUCCGCUUCGAUAAUAGUCUGAGUCCACAAGUCUCACGCAAGUCAACAAUCAAAAAAACAAACUCUAAAAGAGUCAGAAAAUUGGACUUAUUCAGUUCUGAUCCGGUACAAGACGAUGACAAAACCGAAUCUGUACAGUCUCCGCCACGGAUUAAUUGUGAAAACUUGGAUUCACCUCUGUCCCCAGCUGGCUCUCAAUCCUCUCCAAACUCGAAGAAAUCUGCAAUAAAGCUCAGAAGUUUGACUGCCAAUACAGUUUUCAGCAAUUUCCGUUCGGUACUGUCCCAAGGAACCGACUCUCUAAGCAAGCCAGAGGAGCAAUCCCCUGACUCAGAAAAUGUGAAAAGCUCUGGCGCUUCUCUGCGCACCGAAUUCGAGCAAGGAUUGAAUGCAUCCAACUCUGUGUACUCUGGCAGUACCAAGGGUCAGGAAAAAGAGACAACUGAUGAAUUCAAUCUUCAGAAGACCUUGCUGCAAUCUUCCAUGGUCUCCUCCGCCAAAAUUAGUGUCCCGGCAGAAAAGUUGGAUGAAGUAAGCAGUAAGCUUGAACCACUGCAAUCCAAAUCAUCUGCGUAUUCCGUUGAUGCUUCUGAACUGCAAAUCGACAAUCCGAAGAGACAUCUGCAGCUGCCUUCGGCUGAAGUAUUAACAAAAGCCUCCCAAGAAAUUGAACGUCGUGCUUCCACGCUUUCCCGCUCCAAUUCUGAGUUGAAAUUGCAAGGUUUUUUACCUACAAGCUCUCUUUUAAAGAAUACUAGCCGAAUUCCUUCGACUUCUUCUAUUCAAGAGCUUGACGAUGAUAAGAAGGACAAGAGAAAGUCUGGAGUAUCUGCUCGUGGGUUAAUUAAAAGAUUGUCGAAAUCAUCUAUCAAAAGAGCACCUGAAGAGCCCAAAGAGUUGGCGAAGGAGCCGUUCAGCUUCACAAAGGAAGAACUUGCAAUUAUGACCUGCAACAAUGAUUUGCAGAAUGAAUUGCAAUUGGUGACCAGUGAGUUGGCCUUGUCGAUCAAGCGGGAGUUGGACUUGGAGAAUCAAUUGAGGUCACGUCAAAAUACUCUUACAGGAUCUCAAAAGAUUCGGGACGGUCUGGCUGAUGCUCUAGCCGAAAAGUCUAGAAUAAUUGCUGAUCUUCAAGACAAGCUCAACAACGAACGCCGUCUCCGCUUCAUUAGUGAAGAGCAUGCAAUUCUCGCCGAAAAUGGACAGUCUCCGAGCGCGCUCAAAUUGGAUUACGAAAAAAAUGAAAUCUACAAGCAACUACUUGUUAAAAAUGAUUUGGUCACGCAGCUCCAAGACAAGUUAGAAGAAUCUGCUCAAAUUAGUAAUGGGGAUUCACAUGAGAGUCUUUUGUACAAGUAUAACGACCUAGUGAAGGAGAAUUCUGAUUUAAAAGCGCGGUUACGUGAUGCAGAAGCACAUAACCUCUCCAACGAUGAUGGUAAUACCGACGACACAAGCGAAGAUGAUUCUGACAGCGGUGCCAAUCAAGAGUAUGAGAAGGCACAGAUCAUGUCACUUCGUACACAGCGUGACGAACUACGCGAAAUGAUUGUGAAGCUCACAGUUUCGCAAAACACGGAAUUAAAAGUGGCCAAUGACCGCAUCAAAUUGCUUGAGACAAAGUUAGAGAAAGCCAACCCGGGGACCUUGAAACAAAGCCGCCGGCUGCUGAGAGGUGAGAACGAGUCGGUGUCUAAUAAAAGUACUGACCCUUUCAGUUCAAGUCAAGGAGGUAGGCUCCAAGGUCUUAACAUAGUGUCUCCAACCAACAAGUUGUUUGAUUAG